AUGGUGGGUAGAAAUGAUGUUGCAAUUGCUGCUUCCUUGGAAGCGAUGGCUCAGUCUAUGCAGAAUCAGCCUAAUGCUGGUGCAAAUGAAGAAUCCCGCAGUUUGAAGGUGCGUUAUGGUACCCAUAUGUUGGCGGUUGAAGCUGAUGACCGGUGGUUAGAGACUCGCCAGAGGUUGAAGGCUGCAUGUGAAGAUAUCACUUGGGAUGUGUUUCGUAGGGAGUUUCUGAGGAGGUAUUAUCCUGAGCAUGUCCGCGAGAAGAAGGAGAUUGAAUUUCUCGAACUGAAGCAAGUAAAUUUGUCGGUUACGGAAUAUAAUGCUAAGUUCGUGGAGCUGGAAAAGUUCUAUCCUCACUAUAACGAGGCGACUACUGAGUUUUCCAAGUAUAUCAAAUUUGAGAACGGGUUACGCCCAGAGAUCAAGAAGAAGAGGGGUAAGCAUCAGCAGAACCGUGGGAAGCCUUAUGAUGCUCCAGCUGGUAAGAGCAAACAGAAAGUUGCUGAGGGUAAGAGGACUAGUGGGGGAGACGCUCUUGCUGGUAUUGUAUGUUUCAAAUGUAGGAAAUCAGUUCAUAAGAGCAAUGCAUGUAGUGGUGAUGUGAAAAGGCGUUUUCGUUGUGGUAAAGUUGGGCAUGAAGUAGAUGAUUGUAAGCACAAAGAGGUUAUUUGCUUUAACUGUGGCGAAGAAGGACAUAUUAGUACUCAGUGCCAGAAGCCGAAGAAAGCACAAUCUAGUGGGAAAGUGUUUUCGUUAGCAGGAACUCAAACAACUAUUAAAGACAGACUAAUCAUAGGUACAUGCUUCAUCAAUAAUACUCCUUUAAUUACUAUUAUUAAUACUAGUGCUACUCAGUGUUUUAUUGCUGCUAAUUGUGUGAAAGAGUUAGGUCUUGUGUUGUCUUCUAUGAAUGGAGAGAUGGUCGUCGAUAUUCCAACUAAGGGAUCAGUGCCUACUUCUCUAAUGUGUUUGAAAUAUCCCCUGUCGAUCUUCGACAGAGACUUUGAGGUUGAUUUGAUUUGUUUACCGUUGAAUGGAUUGGAUGUGAUCUUGGGUAUGAACUGGUUGGAAUAUAACCAUGUUCAUAUUAAUUGUUAUAACAAAUCUGUGCGGUUUUCUACUCCUAUCGAUGAGGAGAAAAUUGGUUUACUAUCUGCUAGACAAUUGCGGAAAAUGCUGCCAGAUGAAGCUCAGGUGUUUUUGUUGAUAGCAUCGUUAUUUGUUGAGAAUCAGGCUACAAUAGAUGAAUUGCUGGUGGUGCGUGAAUUUCCUGAAGUUUUCCCCGAUCAAAUUCCCGAUGUACCGCCAGAAAGAGAAGUUGAACUUUCUAUUGAUCUUGUCCCUGGUACCAAACAUGUUUCCAUGGAACCAUACAGGAUGUCAGCAUCUGAGUUGGCAGAGUUGAAAAAGAAACUGGAAUAUUUACUUGAGAAGAAGUUCGUGAGACCAAGUUUAUCGCCGUGGGGAGCUCUAGUGUUGCUAGUGAAAAAGAAGGAUGGAAAUCGGGUUGUGGUGGUAUUUAUUGACGAUAUUCUGAUUUACUCUAAGUCGGAAGAAGAACAUGCCGAACAUUUGAGAGUGGCAUUGCAGGUUUUAAAAGAGAAGAAGUUAUAUGCAAAGCCGUCAAAAUGUAAUUUUUGGUUAGAGCAGCUUAGAUGGUUUCUUGUUGGACUUGAAUCACUUUUAGUGCAGAGCAAACAAGUUGGAAGCUCCAAGCAAGAGUUGUUGGUGAUUACAGUAGCUUUUUCAAAAUGGAUGUCAUGGCUUUAUGCUUGA